UUUUGUAGACGGGUCUCGUUAUUGGCUGGAGGGUCAAUACAGAACUGGUUUUGCCAUUCACUCAGAACAAGCUGAUUACUUGUAUCAAUGCCCACCACAUUUUUCAGCACAGAAAGCUGAAAUUGUGUCUGUUCUACAAACACUCAUGAUUUUCUCUGAUUGUUCACUAAACAUUUACUCAGAUUCAGCUUUUGUAGUUAAUUCCCUAACAGAAUACUUACCAAUUUGGAAAAAAAGGGGCUUCACAAGUGCUGAUGGACAGCCCCUAACUCAUGUCGGACCAAUACAAUCUCUAUGGUCAGCUGCAAGCUCCAGUAAACACAGAUAUGCUCUACUCAAAGUAAAGGCACAUCAAAAGAAAGGACUCUCAAAACACGGUGAUUCUAAUCGAAUAGUUGAUGAACUGGCAAAAAGGGCUGCGAUAGAUGGCAUUGUUUAUACAGAAGCUCCACACACAGAGCCUGUCUCAGCAGUAACCAGUAUGGAACCAAUAGAUGUACGAAGUGCACAACAGAAUGAUCCAGACCUACGCCAAAUAAUCAGAUUAAAACAAGAGAGUAAGCUCAUAACAGAAGGUCCAUUUUCCAAAUGGAAUGUACAUCUGAUAGUACAGGACGGUAUUCUACUGUACAAAACGGCAGAUAGUGUGGCAUGGGUUCCACCAUCAGGAUUGCGUUCAGAUAUUCUAUAUCACAUCCACAAUCAAGGGGGGCAUCUAGGGGCUGAAAAAGUUCAAGAUCGCCUGAAAGGCAUGUUUUGGUGGCCAGAUAUGGACAAAGAUGUAAAUACAUACUGUUUGAACUGUUUAGUUUGUGCCCAAAUGAAUCCCUCACACAUCAAAAAGAAAGGACGCUUAAGACCCACAUGUUUAGCUGAAGGUCCUUGGACAAACCUCCAGAUAGACUACAUAGGUCCAUUCCCCCCUGCUAAAGGAGGUUACAAAUACAUACUAAUGAUUGUGGACACAUUCACCAAAUGGAUUGAAGCUUUUCCAAUUAAGGCAGAUACAGCUCUGGCCACAGCACGGGUAUUAUGGGAACAGGUAUAUUGCAGAUGGGGAUUACCUCUUAGCUUGGAAAGUGAUAGAGGCACCCACUUCACAGGACAAAUACACUCAGAUCUAGCCAAACUCCUAGGGAUAAAACAUCACCUGCACAUUGCACAUCACCCACAAGCAUCUGGGGGAGUUGAACGCACCAAUAGAACAUUGAAGAUGUCAUUGAAAAAGAUGGUACUGGACAAUGGUCCAAAUUGGGCACAAAACCUUCCGAGCAUUUUAAUGUCCUUGAGAGGUGUUAGUCAUAAAACCACUGGCUACAGUCCAUAUGAAUUGAUGACGGGAAGAAAAAUGCGGAUGCCAGAACAUUUGUGGUUAGAAAUGCCAGGACCCCUAGCAGAGGGGUGGAAUACAGAAAUAUUUCUAAAAAAUCUGUGCUCAUCCCUCCCCACGAUUUAUCACCAAGCUGCACAACAAAUUGGAUUAUGCCAAAAAUACAACAAAAUGUAUUACGACAAAAAUGUGAAAGAACAGAAAUUUGAGUUGGGAGAUGAAGUCAUGAUAAAAAACUAUCAUCACGAAGGUCCAUGGUCAGCCAACUGGAGAGGACCAUGCACUGUGAUGGAUAAAUGUGGGGAAUCAAUUUACAAGAUCUGCUGCAAGACAAAAAGGGGUAGGACCACACUAAAGUGGUACCAUGUAGACCAAUUAAAGAAAUACAAUAAAAUGUAAUGGCAGAUAUUAUUAUAUUUAAAAAAAAAAAAAAAAAAAAAAAAGGGGGGGGGGGUUAUAACUAUUUUUUGUUUCUCUUCUCUUUAUUUCAGAAAUCCAGCAUAAAUAUGUGGGAGACCCUCUUGACAGUAAUACUACCGGUGAUGGCGAUGACACAAGAGUGCCCAGAGCAGCGGCCAGCACCUCUGUCUGGGAUAAUUGCAAGACCACACCAGGGCGCCCUGAUCAACAAUGUCCAAUGGGUCCAUAUUCCAGUCCUGGUGAACUUGACAGCAUGGUCUCCAGAUCUGGACGAGCACUGCAAAGGGGAGAGCGUGACCCAGAUGUACAAGGACCUCAUGACAACAGCAUUCCUGAAAUACCAUGACAUGGUGGCUGCCAACUUCCAGAGCGACAGCCCAACCCCCACACCUACCAGACGAAAACUGCUCGGGUUCCUGGAUGGUGUUCUAGGAGCUACGGGAACCGGGUUAGGUAUUUCAAAUUGGAUGGAUACCCUACCUGUCCAUCAAUGAUAGUCUUACAGGAUGCCAGAUAAAUACUACUUCAUUUUGCAUGACUCCCCCUACAGCUUGGUCCAUUGGGCCCUACCAUUUUCCAUAUGUAAAUACCACACGUCACAUUUUGUCUACUAGGCCGGAGGAUGAGUUAGGAUUUGUAGAAGAAAUCCCAGAAUUUGAUUUUGAACUACCCACGUUGGACAACAUGUUAAUGACUCUAAUGCAAAGAAAAGACAGUCAUGUCAUAAAAAUACAACAGGGGCUCCAGGGUAAGGAUGGUACUCUCAUCAGUCAAAUGCAUGAUGGAGAUGUAGACCUAGCCUACUCAAGUACAUUGUGGGAAUUGACAUUUAAAGCCGCCGUAUGCAUCUGUUUAAUACUGAUUUUGAUUCAAAGUGUUAUGAUUUGUUGUAUGUGUUCUGUCCUAAACCGACAAAGACUUAUAUUUUCAAAUGACAUUGUAAAGCAGUCCCCUUGGCUUGGGUAGUACCCAGUCUCAAAUAUCUCGGCCGCUGACUAUUUGUUAUAGUUUAUUAUUUAUCAGCAUGGCACCCAGGUUGUGGUGGUGAUAACAUCCACAGGGAAAGCAGAGGCAAUAGCAGACAGCGCUCAGAGUAGGACCAGUGGAAUGAGGUGUUGCUCCAAUGACGGGUAAGGUUCUCCGCGUGAUAGGAGAGCAACCUAAGGCAGGACAGCACCGCCACUGAUGAAGACUAUGUGCAUGUGAUGCUUUAUUGCAAAUAAGCAUCAAACGGGGGACUGUAAGAAGUCUGUCUCUGAUGCCAAUAUGUCUGCUGGCCACACAUUCCCUUGAUCUUAUCAUUAUCACAAUACAGUUGGUACAAUGGUAGAAUAGCGACCGGGAGUGAGAGAUUGGGAACCAUUCAAGUCAACAGACGUGCAAAUUCAAUCACAACAGGACGGCCAAUACACUAUGGCCUAAUUGAUAGGUGUUACAAGGACUGACUACAUCCGUCUUGGUAUGUAUAUUCAACACUACUGAUCAAAGCUUCGAAAACAAAUAAGAAGCAGCCUCUGGAAAGGUUCGUGGUUCAUUCUGACUCUGCUGAAUCCAAGGUGUCAUUCGUGCGCUUUGUCACUGCCGGUAUUGGAAAUAAACUUUGUACUUUUUCAUCA